AUGAUCUGGGAGACGUGGAAAAACGGACCGGCAGGGGGUCCGGCGGAUGAAGAGGCUGAAGUGGAGCGACCGACGGCCGACGGCCUUGGCACCGGCGCAGAUCCCUAUCGAGCCUCCCAUGGUUCUCCUUGUUUUGGAUUGGUACCGACCAGCCAACCGACUGCACCAAUACCUUUUUCCACUUGAGGGACCAACAAUUUCAAGUUUUCGGAGUCUGAAGAAAGAAGAUCAAAGUCCGAAAACCUAUUCAAUUCCAGCGAAAAGAGGAGUUGUUUGGGGUUUGAAGAAAUUUCUAGGUUCUUUUUAGGAUUUUAUCUUUUUAUCUGUCCCUUUUUCCACAACUAAAAUAAAAACAAACUGAUUGUAUUCAAUAAACAAUGAAAUAUUUCAAGGAUUAAUUUUUUUCCAUUUUCGAGAAAUCAAAAAAACGGACACGCUUCGGAAAGGUUAUAACUGUUGUUAUUCUCAAUCUAUCUUCAUAAACAAAAGUUUUUAAGCUGGCGAAAGGCUGGAUGGACUAUGGCUAGUUGCAGUUGAAACAUUUGAAAGUUUUGAGGCUUAUGAGAAAAUAAUGAAGCAAAGUUAUGUUGCAAAAGUUAUCUCGAAGUUUCGGUUCUCUCAAAAAGAUUUUUCGGCAAAAAAAAAAACUUUCGAGGCCUUUAUCGAGGACGUAAAAGAAUUUAUGAGCCAAAUUGAAAAAAUUUGAGAAUUUUGAGUUAUCUUUCUUGUAUGAACCUAGUAAAAUACUUGAUAUUGAUCAACUAAACGUCCAUAAAAACUAAACCUCUCUUAACAAAGUUAUUCGUCUCAAAUCUUGAAGACAUGAACAUUCUACUAUUCUGCAAAUUAUCGUAAGCCUUCUAGAAUAAAUAAAACAGAAACCUCUGCUUCAUUGUAGAAUCACUUUUUCAAUAUUUUUUUCUUGUUAUCUUCCAAAUAUUGUUCCUUAACAACAUUUCAACAAAUUUAAAGCUUAGAAAAAAAAAUAUAUAUAUAUAUAUAUAUUACCCCUUGGGUUUAAAAACCUUGAAAAAUGUAUUGUUAAAUAACUUUUUUUACUUCUCCAACUCCACGAAUUUUUUAAUCUUUUCAUAAUUAAUUGCCUGGCUUUCAGUAUCUCGAAUUUUCAACUAUCUGAAAAGAAUGACUCGGAAAACCUCAAAAAAUCGACCAUAUCGAAGUUAGAAGAGCUAGAAGACGAAUUGAACAAGGCGAGCUUCAAAAAAGCUUCGGCAGCAACGUCCAAUCUCUGAAAAACUUCUUGAAAACUCGUUCAUUUUUUAAAAUUUCACUUCAAUCUCCAAUCUUUUCUGGCUCCUUCAUGAGUGCCUCGGAUUCGUGUGCAUUUUCCUUUUGUCCGGUAUAACUUUUUUUUUCAAACGUCUUCGGUCAUGUCUUCCAUUUAUUUUUGUUCGCAUCCCAAAAGAUUAUUUAUUCCUGUAAACCCUUUAAAUUUGUGAAACGCGAAGAAAAACGAAGAAAAUUCAUUUUUUUUUCCAACAAAAAAAGCAAAAUUCCUCCAAAAUCAAUCUUAAAAUUCUUGACAAUGAGAAAUAAGCGAUAAUUCCUUGCAAAAAAAAGUUUUACGCGGAUCUUUUGAAAAACAAUAAUUGAUACGCCCUAAACGCUCAUUUUAAACUACAUGUUCGAUUUCUUCAAAACCUUAUGGGUCGAUCAUGAAGAGGUGAAUGAAUUUACAUGAAAAUUAACAAAAUUUUAAAACUAACAAAUAAAUCAAUUUUACGGAUUUAUUUUACUACGGAUAUUUCUGAACAUUUCGAAAAAUCUUCUCCAAUGAACACUGAAUGCAUUUAUUCAUAUGAAAGCAUCGAAAUUCAUUUUAUUUCGUAAAAGUUGGAUAGAAAACUCCUCGAGGAUUCCAAUAGAAGGCAAAAUUUUAAAGGCGCAGAGGGGUGGCCAUAAACGUGUCCCGCUGGUCUGGGUCGAAAAAUUGAAAUUUGCUGGCCGCAAAGACCGAAAAUCGAUCUUGUAUCUUCUAUCUAACGUUGUUUCCCCGUUUAUGUAUUAUUUAUUUUUAUUAUUUUUUUGUUUUAUAACUCAGCGAUGUUGACAGCACCAGUAAAAUAGCGCCUAAUGACGUUUCGCAUCCUUCUGGACGUUUAAAAGCGAUUAAAAUCGAAAAAAAUAUCAUAUUUUUUUAUGUUUUUUUGUCUAUUUUUUUGGCGGUUCUUUUGUUCAUUCUCUUCACAUUUUAAUUUUAAAUGUGCAUAUAAUUCGAGUUAUAGCGGUAGCAAGGCGCAAGAAAAGGUUUUUUAAAUUUUUUUUUAUCAUACGAAGUUCAUUUUGAAAUCGCAUUUCGUAAAUUUGUUUUACAAAAUAUGGAAAAUGAAUUCAAAAAUUCAGGUACCUUUAAAUCAAAGCAAAUCCAGUCAUGUCGUACGAUUUGAAAACCGCUGAGGCCGCCGCCUACGCUCCGUUUUUCGGCUACAUGGGAGCCGCUUCGGCCCAGAUCUUCACCGUUCUCGGUGCCGCGUAUGGAACAGCCAAGUCGGCCGUCGGAAUCUGCUCGAUGGGUGUGAUGCGACCUGAGCUCAUCAUGAAGUCCGUCAUUCCCGUUAUCAUGGCUGGUAUCAUCGGUAUCUACGGUCUCGUCGUUGCCAUGGUCCUGAAGGGCAAGGUGAUGGCCUCCAGCGACGGCUACAACCUCAACAAGGGCUUCGCUCACCUGGCCGCCGGCCUCACCUGUGGACUUUGCGGUCUCGGCGCCGGCUACGCCAUCGGAAUCGUCGGAGACGCUGGAGUUCGUGGAACCGCCCAGCAGCCGCGUCUCUUCGUAGGAAUGAUCCUCAUCCUUAUCUUCUCCGAAGUCUUGGGUCUCUACGGCAUGAUCGUCGCUCUGAUCCUCGGAACCUCAUAA